AUGACCUUCCCUCCUCCUCACCCUUCCGCCCAAUCGUCGAUUGCUUCUGGCACCGAUAAAUCUUCCUCGAAUAGACCUGAAAUUGGUGCCUGGGGUCGGUCCGCGUCGCAGUCUGGCAUUCGUCGUGGGUUGACUCCGCUCGCGACUAACCUCUCCUCCGCUCCCUCUGCUUCCUCCCGGGGCUUGGACGCGGGUCCUGGGGUUUCGACACCUUCCUCUUUCUCUGCUGUUCUGAGCUCUUCAAGGGGUCUCUCAGGCGGCAGUCCUAAGCCCGCACACUCCCCGUUCACCGCGCUGGCUGGCUCGCAACAGCAGGCCCAGUCGCUUUCAUCACCGAAGUUCCGAGCGCAUACCCCUUCCGCAGGGUCUUACUUCGCUUCAACAACAAGCUCCAUCACCGGUGGUGGAGGCUCCCGGGGAGGAGGUGGGCCAGGAUCUUCGAGAGGUAUCGCCUUUUCACCACUCUCGUCCGGCACAACCGUGAACUCACCCACAGGCUUCGCCUCUGACAAGCCCGGCUCGGCGGCUGCUCAUUCAAGUCAGUCGUCGUUGACCAAAAUAUCUAUCGCACAGGUCUUCCUGCUCCUUGAUUCUAUCACCGAGAAAGAAGGCAAGGAAAAGUGGGAGACGAAAGCUGCUCAGAUCCACAAGCUUGUUACUUCUAACGGCAUGGAGGUCUUCUCAAAAUACUUCCGCCGCCUGCUUACCGGCAACGCACCCCAGAUCUUCCCUGGAGUGAACAAGUCUGUCGAGAAUGCAGGCAACUACCCUCUUCUUGUCCAGGAGAUCCAGAAAGUCUCUUCGGAUGUCGAGCAAGCACAAAAGAUAGCCGAAACAGUGGAUACAUCAGAGGGUGAUAUUUUCCGCGAUUUUGAUCUUUCUACAUUCCUUGAUCAUUUCCGCCUAGAUCCUAUUGUGAAGGUCGCUCUCGCUUUGGCUUUCAAAAUGACCAACAGAUCGGACCUUCGCGCUAAAGCCGACGCCAUCAUCUCCAAUUCUCUCAUGCCAUUCUUGCAGAGCUUAGCCAAACCCUCCGAAGUCAACAAGGACUUCCCAAGUUCAUUCAUCGGCGUUACGAUUGAGCGCUUCAUUCUCUACCCCCCCCCCGUGGAUAUGCCAUUUGAAGUUUCGUCGGCUCUACAAUUGUUCACUUUUGUCGACCCUCGCUAUCCUCUUCUGCGUCAGCUUCAUCUUAAGGGCCCUCGCGCGACAGCCAGUAUCGAGGCAAUAACCGAACUUAUCAAUGCCUCCGGCCCAGAGUGCUGGGGUGAAGAUCAUCUCGCUAGUGCCCUUCUCUUUGUGACUCUGUCGCAGCAGUGGCAGCGAUUCUCACCUGAGAACCUCUUGGCAGCAUACACCACUGAGAAGCAAGUCAAUUGGUCCCAGUUCUUCAGCUUCUUCGAUCGCGAGGGCUUGAUUAUUGAGCCAAAGCAGUUUGAGAGAAUUUAUAAUGCGCUCCUUGCGUAUGUCAAAGCAUCAGACGGUGUUCCGCUGGACGUACAGAAGCUAUGGGGUGGUGACUGGGAGCACCGUGAGACACAGAUCUCUUUUUUGACGGCUUUCAUUGCCUCACGAACCGAUGUCUCCCAGAUUCCCAACCUUCGCGCAUCGUUUCCUCACACCUUUUUCGACGACGCCCCGGAGCCUGUCAAAGUACAGGGUGAGCGCGCUGCAAAAUCUCCACUCCGCUCUAUGGACGCCAUAAAGGCGAUUUUCGACCUCGCCCUCUUCUCCCAGAGUUCGUGGACUUUCCCCGAUAGUCAGCUUUUGAUCAAGACCUUGGUUCAGCAUGAUCUACCUGUUUUCCUAGUGUCGGCUUUAGCUGUUCCGCAACCAUGGACAAGUGUGCAGCAAAAUUUCGUCCUUCGCACUUUUGUUGUGUUCAUCUCCCAGCAAGAAGAGGGCUACCAAGUUGCCCUUCACGGAGCAUGGCACCAAGACCGCCAGUGGGUCUCUGAGCAAUUGUUCGCUGCAUUCACCCAAGAUCCAACUGCCACUCCCGUCAUUUAUGAGCAUGCAGCCAAUUUCGGCUGGCUUGAUUACCUCCUCGGCUUUACUAAUGGUCUAGCCUUGGAUUUGGCUUGCUAUUCUCACCGCAAGAAAUCAUUCGACCUCGAACAGUGGGUCCGUGCUGCUUCCCAGAAAGGAACGAUGGAUAUGGGCAGUCUCUUGUCGAAAUUUCUGCGGAUCAAAGCUGAAGAUGAAGUCCAUGUACAACGAAAGGAGCAGUCGGCCCCACAGAUGGUCAGUCUCUCUGUCAAGACUGUUUACACGCUCCUUUCGGUUUUGGAAGAAUUCGUCGGUGACCGCGAAAAUCUUACCCCCGUGCAACGCAUAUGUAUUCAAACCUACCCGCGUUUGAUCAACUAUGGCGAGGGCUUUGACGACAUUAUCGAUGCGAAUGGCGCGAACGACAACAAACUCCCUGACCAUAUUGACAAGCAGAUGCAAGACUUGUUUGGCAAAAUGUAUCAUGAGGAGCUGUCGUUGAGGGAGAUGUUAGAGCUGAUGCGGCAGUACAAGACAUCGCGCGAGCCUCAGGACCAGGAUCUCUUUGCGUGCAUGGUACAUGGUUUGAUUGAUGAAUACCACUGCUAUCACGAAUAUCCCCUUGAGGCCCUUACCAAGACCGCCGUGAUGUUUGGUGGCAUCAUUAAUUUCCGUCUGGUUGAUGGUAUCACUCUCAAGGUUGGCCUUGGCAUGAUCCUGGAAGCUGUCCGGGAGCAUGAGGUGCAUGAUCCAAUGUUCAAGUUUGGCGUGGAGGCUAUUGAACAGUUGAUCAACCGUCUUUCCGAGUGGGCUGGUUUCUGUCAUCUUCUUCUGCAGAUUCCAAACUUGCAAGGAACACCAAUUUUUCAGAAGGCAGAGGAGGUUCUCCGAGAGCAAGGAAACCAAGUACUCGACGGUGAAGCUGCAAGCUAUGAUAUCAACUCUGCUGCCUUGACCAACGGUAACCUUGAUGACUCCAAUGGGGCUGAUGGGGCUUCUCGCAAAUUUAGAUCUAUCCAGGUCGGUCCCCCUCUCCGGUCCGAGCUGUAUCAAGACCCGGACGAGGAAAUCCAGGAUAAAAUCUUGUUUGUGCUCAACAACGUGUCGGAGCAAAACAUCGAUGAGAAGUUGAGUGACCUGCGUGAGGUCUUGCGCGACCAGCAUCAUCAAUGGUUUGCCGCAUACCUGGUGGAGGAGCGUGCGAAGCUCCAACCCAACUUCCAAAAGCUUUACCUUGACCUCCUUGACCGUAUUGGAGACAAGAUCCUCUGGGCAGAGGUUCUCCGCGAGACCUAUGUUAGCGUUGCAAAGCUACUGAACUCUGAAGGCACUCUGAAUUCAUCAACUGAUCGUGGGCAUCUUAAAAAUCUGGGUGCUUGGCUUGGCUCAUUGACGAUCGCUAAAGAUAAGCCUGUCAAGCACAAGAAUAUCUACUUCAAGGGACUUCUUUUAGAAGGCUACGACUCUCAGCGCCUUAUGGUGACUAUUCCUUUCACGUGUAAGGUCCUGGUGCAAGCAACCAAGUCAACGGUAUUCAAGCCUCCGAACCCAUGGCUAAUGGAUAUCCUUGGCUUAUUGCUUGAACUAUACCAUUUCGCUGAACUGAAGCUCAAUUUGAAAUUUGAAAUUGAGGUACUUUGCAAAGAUCUUGCCCUUGAUCACAAGACAAUUGAGCCCUCCGUUGUCAUCCGUGAGCGCACGGCUCAAGACGAGGAGGCUUUGCCCCCUUCUAAUAUUCCAGAGGGCUUGGAAGCCUUCGAAGACAUGGCGCUCAAUCCAAUCGGGCAAGGAAUCCGCAACGAGAGACUUUCGCCGGCUGCUAUCAUGUCAACAUUGCCAAGUCUUGACAAGAUUCUUGUUUUGCCGGCUUCUGCUAGCAGCAUGGUUGAUCCCGGCGUUUUACGCCAAAUUGUCAAUCAUGCAGUGGAGCGAGCUAUCGGUGAGAUCAUCACCCCUGUGGUUGAGCGCUCUGUGACGAUUGCUUCAAUCUCAACUGUCCAACUUAUCUCAAAGGACUUCGCUAUGGAGCCGGAUGAGGAGAAAGUGCGUCAUGCUGCGGGCAUCAUGGCUCGACAACUCGCCGGCAGCCUUGCUCUGGUCACUUGCAAGGAGCCACUCAAGGUUAGCAUGACAAACUACAUCCGGAUGACUCAACAGGAGCACCCAGAGCAGCCCAUGCCCGAGGGGUUGGUUCUGAUGUGUGUCAACGAUAACUUGGAUGCUGCAUGCGGCAUUGUGGAAAAGGCUGCUGAGGACAAGUCUGUCCCUGAGAUUGAAAAGAUGAUCGAACCCCAACUUGAGGCGCGCCGUCGUCAUCUUGCCACCCGCCCCGAUGAGCCAUUCAUUGAUCCAUCUAUGAACCGCUGGGGCUUGUUCAUUCCUGAACCUUACCGCCAAGCCCCUGGUGGUCUCAACAAAGAGCAACUCGCCAUCUACGAAGAGUUUGCUCGCCAGUCUCGGGGUUCUGGUGCAGCGCACCCUCAAAAUAUCUCCACUGAUUCUGGCCGCCAGCUCCCUGAUAUCCUGCAGGAAUCAUAUCCAGCCAUUCCGAACCUUUCUACUCCCGCUGAGCAGCCUGCUGUUCCCCACCGAACACCGCAAGCACAACACGCUGUCUCUCAAAUCGGUGUUCCCACCAAUGGCUUCCUGGAUGCUCAAAGCCCGGCUGAAAAGGUUGAUGCAUUCAUCGCUGAGCUUAAGUUGUCUGCUCGCAAUGCUUCUGUGGAGCGCCUGAAGGAUCUUGAUCGCGAUACCGAGACGUGGCAAGGAUUUCACCAGGUACUACGCCUCAUUUUACAUUCGGCGAACGGUGAAGAGCUUGCCCGUCUGACUACCAUGAAAGUCUGCUCGAUACUAUAUCAUGAAUCUUCUACUCCCCUGCAGCUCGACGUUCUCGUGCAGCUUCUGGCCAGGCUCUGCGACAUGUCCACUUUGAUCGCACGGUACGCAUGGGCCUUACUGGCGGAGGUUGAUGAUGACCUAUUGUUCAACGCACCAGUUACUGCGGCUCUGAUUGAGGCAGGUCUCUUAGACCUUCGCCGUGUGGAUGGGGUUUUGUCACGCCUGAUCCAGCAGAAGAAUGUCGGUGCUGUAGAGCUCCUUGACAAUAUCAUGAGCCGCGUACUUUUGAAUGACGAGCCCGCCGUUCUCCGAUCUGACUUUAUUGCCAGCCUCGAGGCAAUUUGCCAAUGGCUUAGCGAGGAUGGUGAUGUCGCACCAGCUUUGGAAUUGAUUCGCAAGCUGCAGGACAAGGGCCGUGCCCAAGCCAAACGUGACCAAAUGGAGUACGUCUUCAACGAGUGGGUCAAUAUUUAUAAGUCCAGCUGUGUCACCGACCAGGCUUAUUAUGCAUUCCUUCAAGCCCUGCACGAUCGCCAAGUGAUGAACAAUGCCGAAGAUUCGACCCUUUUUUUCCGCCUCACCAUCGAUAUUUCCGUCACCAUGUUUGAGCACGAAUCACAGGCUCCCGGCGGUAGCCCUGAGGAUGCCUUCCUUCACAUUGAUGGCCUGGCCAAGCUAAUUAUUCUUCUGGUCAAGUUCCAAGGUGAAAGCUCUGGUGCAGUCAAGGGUAACAAGGCUUCUUACUUUGGCUCCAUUCUUUCGACGCUGGUUUUGCCUCGCUAUGUCCCAGGAUUCGUCUAUGGCUGGCUGGCUCUUGUUUCCCACCGCGUGUUCAUGUCAGACAUGCUUAACAUGCCGGAACGUGCAGGAUGGGCACCUUACUGUGAGAUCAUGCAAGCCUUGCUUUCAUUCAUUGGAGAGCAGCUCAAGGCUACUAGCGUGUCCUAUGUCGCCAGGGACUUGUACAAGGGCGUUCUUCGUGUCCUGCUUGUCCUGCACCACGACUUCCCCGAGUUUGUUGCGGAGAAUCACUUCCAGUUCUGCAAUGUGAUCCCCGCUCACUGCGCACAGCUUCGCAACCUCGUCCUCAGUGCCUACCCAUCAUCCUUCGCGAAGCUCCCGGAUCCUUUCCGUGAGGGCCUCAAGGCGAAUAUCAAGCGCAUUGUGGAUGCCGUCCUCCAAGGUGGCGAAGUCUCGGAGAACGUGGCACAGCAACUCUAUGACGCCGUUUCGAGCCCUGAAACUCGCGACACGGCACUAUUCUACGUGCCCAUCGAGGUGGAUAUUGUGCUCAUCAACGCUCUUGUUUUGUACAUCGGCCAGCAGGCAGCUCUUGAGCAUGCCUCGAAGAGUGAUCCUCGCAGUGCAUUCGAAAACUCAACCCACUCUGCCCUUCUGGAGAAGAUUGCUCAGAUCAUGCAGCCAGAGGCUCGCUAUUACCUUUUGAGUGCUAUGGCGAACCAGCUCCGGUAUCCGAACAGCCACACCUACUUUUUCAGCUUCACCAUUCUGCGCUUAUUUGGCGUAGACCUUUCUGACCAGGACGAGUCGGAUAUCCGCCAGCAGAUCAUCCGUGUGUUGCUGGAGCGUCUUAUUGUCCACCGACCACACCCAUGGGGCUUGAUCAUAACCCUGCAAGAGCUGCUUCAGAACCGGAGCUACUCCUUCUUCCAUCUUCCCUUCAUCCAAGCGGCGCCUGAGAUCGGUCGCCUCUUCGAUGCUCUCCUCCAGCACAUCCAGCAACAGAGCCCUCGCCCUCUGGCGUAA